UCUGAUUUCCCUGAUUGUGAAGCUGCUCUCAAACGCAUCUUUGGGUGUUUACAAAACUUUCCGUUUUCUUUUUUUUUUUUUCUUUGAAGGUCGUGGCGCCGAUGAUCGUUUCCGUUUAAAGCUGCGUGUGAAGUUUCCACACAUAAGAGGAUAUAAUCAGAUGUGGAUGUGAAUUCAGCAGCAUGGAUCAGCGUGAGGACAGAGAGGAGGGAGUCCCUCCCUCUAAAACCACUCUGUGUGGGGAACAUGAGAGCCAGACCAAAGCUCAGAGGAAUCAACAUCGACCUGAACCUGAUCCAAGCUGUGUGUCAUUAAAGAGCGACAACUCCAAGGGUUUUAUUACUGAUUUUAAAGAAGGAAGAUGUUCUGCUGUAGAGAGAUGGGACCAAGAGAGCUCAGAGUCUCCCAGUAGCAAGUCUACCCAGCAGCAUCACUUGGACUCCAUAUUUAUGUUGCUGGAGGACAACAUCAUCACUUUUGUCAAGAGUGAGCUGAAGAAUAUCCAGAUGGUUCUCAAUCCAGAUUACCCAGAAUGCCUAAAGAGUCAGAGAGAGGAUGGUGAAGAGCUGGAGAGUGAGGCUAGAGAGCAGAUAAGAACCAGCAGAGAGGCAUUUAUGAAGAUCACACUGAACUUCCUGAGGAAAAUGAAGCAGGAGAAGCUGGCUGACUAUCUGCAAAACAAACAUGCUGCAGUUUGUCAACGUGCACUUAAAUUUAGCCUGAGAGAGAAGUUCCAGUGUGUGUUUGAAGGGACUCCCAAAGCAGGAAACCCAAUCCUUCUGAAUCAGAUCUACACAGAGCUCUACAUCACAGAGGGAGGGAUUACAGAGGUCAGUCGUGAACAUGAGAUCAGACAGAUUGAAACAGCAUCCAUGACACCUGAUAGACCAGAAACAACAAUCAAACUAGUAGAUCUCUUUAAAGCCUCACAUGCAAGGAAACAACCAGUCAGAACAGUGCUGACAAAGGGAGUGGCUGGCAUUGGGAAAACAGUCUUAACACAGAAGUUCACUCUGGACUGGGCUGAAGGCAAAGCCAACCAGGACAUCCAGUUCAUAUUUCCAUUCAAUUUCAGAGAGCUGAAUGUGCUGAAAGAGAAAAGGUUCAGCUUGGUGGAACUUGUUCAUCACUUCUUUACUGAAACCAAAGAAGCAGGAAUCUGCAGCUUUGAAGACUUCCAGGCUGUGUUCAUCUUUGAUGGUCUGGAUGAGUGUCAACUUCCUCUGGACUUCCACAACACUGAUGUCCUAAAUGACCCUCGAAAGUCCACCUCAGUGGAUGUGCUGUUUAUAAACCUCAUCAGGGGGAAGCUGCUUCCCUCUUCUCACCUCUGGAUAACCACACGACCUGCAGCAGCUAAUCAGAUUCCUCCUGAAUGUAUUGACAUGGUGACAGACAUCAGAGGAUUCACUGACACACAGAAGGAGGAGUACUUCAGGAAGAGGUUCAGAGAUGAGGAACAGGCCUCUAGGAUCAUCUUCCACAUCAAGACAUCACGAAGCCUCCACAUCAUGUGUCACAUCCCAGUCUUCUGCUGGAUCAUUGCUACAGUUCUGGAGGAUGUGUUGAAAACCAGAGAGAGAGGAGAGCUGCCCAAAAACCUGACUGAGAUGUACAUCCACUUCCUGGUCAUCCAGGCCAAAGUGAAGAAAGUCAAAUAUGAUGGAGGAGCUGAGACAGAUCUCCACUGGAGUCCAGAAAGCAGGACGAUGAUUGAGUCUUUGGGAAAACUGGCUUUUGAUCAGCUGCAGAAAGGAAACCUGAUCUUCUAUGAAUCAGACCUGACAGAGUGUGGCAUCGAUAUCGCAGCAGCCUCAGUGUACUCAGGAGUGUUCACACAGAUCUUUAGAGAGGAGAGAGGACUGUACCAGAAAAAAGUUUUUUGUUUCCUUCAUCUGAGUGUUCAGGAGUUUCUGGCUGCUCUUCAUGUCCAUCUGAUGUUCUUCCACUCUGGAGUCAGUCUUCUGGAAGUACAAGAAGCAACAUCCAGGUUUUCUGAAACAACAAAAGAAACACGUUUCUACAAGAAUGCUGUAAAAAAGGCUUUGAAGGAUCCAUAUGGACACUGGGAUUUGUUCCUCCGCUUCCUCCUGGGUCUUUCACUGCAAACCAGUCAGACUCUCCUACAAGGCCUGCUGACACAGACAGUAAGUGCCUCACAGACCAAUCAGACAGUAGUCCAAUACAUCAAGGAGAAGCUCAGUCAAAAUCUGUCUGCAGAGAAAAGCAUUAACCUGUUCCACUGUCUGAAUGAACUGAAUGAUCGCGCUCUAGUCAAGGAGAUCCAAUGGUACUUGAGAUCAGGACGUCUCUCUGCAGAUAAACUGUCUCCUGCUCAGUGGUCAGCUCUGGUCUUCAUCUUACUCUCAUCAGAAAAAGAUUUGGAUGUGUUUGACCUGAAGAAAUACUCUGCUUCAGAGAAGGCUUUUCUGAGGCUGCUGCCAGUGAUCAAAGCCUCCAACAAAGCUCUACUGAAUCUCUGUAACCUCUCAGAGAGCAGCUGUGAAGUCUUGUCCUCAGUUCUCACCUCACAAUCCUGCAGUCUGAGAGAACUGGACCUGAGCAGCAAUGACCUGCAGGAUUCAGGAUUGAAGCUUCUAUCUACAGUACUAGAAAGUCCAUAUUGUAAGCUGCAAAGUCUCAGAUUGACUUCCUGUUACUUAACAGAGAGAAGCUGUGAAGCUCUGUCCUCAGUUUUCAUCUCCCAGUCUUUUCGUCUGAGAGAGCUGGACCUCAGUAACAAUGACCUGAAAGAUUCCGGUGGAAUUCUACUGUCUGCUGGAUUGAAAAAUCCACACUGUACACUGAAAAGUCUCAGUCUUUCAGGCUGUCUUAUUGCAGAGAGAGGCUGCAUUUCUCUGGCUUCAGCCCUGAGCUCCAACCCCUCCCAUCUGGGAGAGCUUGACCUGAGCUACAAUCAUCCAGGAGAAUCAGGAAUGAAGCUGCUUUCAGAUGGACUGAAGGAUCCACUCUGGAGACUGGAAACACUCAGGGUGGAGCCUUCAGGAGAACAAUGGUUGAGACCAGGUCUGAGGAAGUAUUCCUGUCAACUCACAAUCGACACAAACACAGUAAACAGAAACCUCAAACUGUCUGACUGCAACAGUAAGGUGACACAUGUGGAGGAGGUUCAGUCAUAUCCUGAUCAUCCAGACAGAUUUGAUUACUGGCCUCAGCUGCUUUGCAGAGAUGGUCUGACUGGUCGCUGUUACUGGGAGGUCGAGUGGAAAGGACUGGCUUACAUAUCAGUGAGUUACAGAAGAAUCGAAAGGAAAGGAGAUAGUAGAGACUGUACCUUUGGAUUUAAUGAAAAGUCCUGGAGUCUGAGCUGCUGUGAUGACGGCCCUCCUUCUGUCAGUCACAAUAAGAAAGUAACAUUUAUCUCCUCCUCCUCCUCCUCCUCCUCUGUCUCUAACAGAGUAGCCGUGUAUGUGGACUGUCCUGCUGGCACUCUGUCCUUCUACAGAGUCUCCUCUGACACUCUGAUCCACCUCCACACCUUCAACACCACAUUCACUGAACCUCUUUAUCCUGGGUUUAGAGUCUGGCUUUCUGGUUCCUCAGUGUGUCUGUGCUGAGUUGAGUGUAAAGAGAAACACUCUGACUGUUGAAUAGAUAGUUCAGUCUAUACAUGUCUGUCUCUUUCACCCAGAAACACAUUUUCAGAAUCCGUUAUUUUGUUCCUGUACAGUUUUCUAGUUUUAUUGUUAUUUUGUCAGUAUCAGAAUUUGACCCAAUGUCAGAUUAUAGUGAGACUUUCCUGUUUCAUCAGAAGAGAAAAUUUCUCUCUUCUCUGAGUUUAGAUUAUGAUCAACAUUCACUGAAGCUCCAAUGAAACCAGCAUUUUCUUUAACUCUGAAAGAAAAAUAUGAUCUCUUGAUACUCACUGCUGGUUAAAAAAUGAACUAUAUUCUCAUAUUCAUGUCAGGCUCUCAUUUAAUAUGUAGAACGUUCCUUCAUUUACUUUCUGUGGUAUAGAACUGGUUACAUGUAUAACCCUGAUGUUAACCUUGGUCUCAUGUUGAGUAAACAUCACCUACAGACCUGUAAGUAGGAGAGCUGAACCCAUUUUCCAUGUUUUUAUCUUGUUUGUAAGUAAGCAUUUUUUAUGUUAAUUAAAUUUAAUUUAAUAAA